UUAUUUCAAUAACAGUCGGCACAACAAUCUUUCAAACAGUUGACGACGUUUCAUGAAAUGAUUGAGUUAUUUUUGUGACGAAGCCUGCGGGUAUUGUAGAAAAUUUCAUGUUUUUGUUCCAGUAAAGAAUUUACCUUGACAACAUACAAGCUGACAUCCAAGGCAAGAGCAAGCAAUAAUGGCAGACGUCUUGCUCGCGGAGAUACCAAUAACUGACGUAAAAAAUCGCCCUUGUUUUAAUAAAGAAAACUUGGAGUGCGCACCGUCACUUUGCACUGCACAUUUUGUGCGAAACUCCGUCUUACGAUGGAAAAAGAAACAUGAAAAUACAAUCAACAAACGAGCUGAGAAGGCAUGGCGUACACGAAGAACACGUGCAAAGGAUAAAAUGAUAACGCAAAGGAGAAUCUCUUUGGAUCUAUUAGCUCGAGAAUGGCUGGAUGCGAAUCCUGCAACGAUUGAUGUUCGCGCCUAUCUUAUCGAAAACCUCUUCCCUUCUCUCAUUAUGGGAAUGGAAAAAUUGCUCAAUGAAGCAGAGAAACUUGAUUUGAUUACAUUUGAAAAUCCUGUCGCGAAUUUCAAUCCCCUCAAUUUCCUAGCACAGUACCUGAUGCGAAACAAUCCCCGGUAUAGUAAUUUCCCCGAGGCAUCCCCCUAUCGGAGUCUGAGAAAGGUUGCCGAUGACUUGAAGAAACAGAUCCUCCAAAUGGAUUCGUACAGAAAUAGUUUGAUAGCGUUAAAGGAGGAAAUUCACAUGAAGCGAAUGCAAAGAGAGAGGAUGGAGAGAUUGAAAGGCGAGGAGCUCAAUAGACGGAAGCAACUACUCGAGAAUAUUUUCGUAACUUGUUUGCCAAAUGAAGACACCAUACCAUUAGCGAUGGUUCAAAGUACACUCAUGUCAUUCCGACAGAAUUCAAAAUCAACUUCUGACGAGAUUAGGCGAGAGGCGUAUUUUGCCAUUAAACCACUGAAGCUGGACACUCAGGGGAUACUGUUGGGUGUUAAUGAGUUUAAAGAGGUUUUAUCUUCCUCCACCAUUAGUCUUUCAAAUCUUGCUUUUGAGAAGUUUCUAGAGCAUUUUGCUCAGUGUGCAAACGACUUCCGACUGGCGGCAGACAAAGACACAAUAAGGCGCAUGCUCGAAGAGCUCUUCAUAUCAUGUGACAUAGACCAUGUGGGAGCUUUGAAUAGAAAGCGUGUUUUGGAUGUUCUUGUCAGCUAUUACGAUAGCUCAACAAAGGACGUCAGACGCAGCUUGAUGGAUCCACAAAAAUUAUUGAUGGCGAGCAAUGAAGAAAAGGAUCUUGGAGAAGAAGGGAAUCGUGGAGACGCAGUUGUAAACAAAACUUUGGAAAGUAACGGUCAGGAGGAAGAAGACGCAAUAAAAGUAAAUGAAAACACCGAAAAGAGUAAUGCAGAGGCUAACACGAGUCUCGAAGAAGUUCGCACGAAUGUGAACGACGAUGGUCCUGUCGAUGUUGACAGCAAUGUUUCAGAUGGCAGUGAGAAGGCCGAAGAGACGAUUAAAGUUGAUGAUGAUCUGUCAGAAGACAGUAGGUCGUGCUCCAGUAGUUCUACCAUUUGCAAGGAUUUUUCGAAAUCUACGUGUUUGAGAACCACCCAACUACCACUUGAAACAAGUAUGCUUGAUCAGCCAGGCUUCAUCAAUUUUGAAUUAUUUCUUGGUAAUGAGAUAUUGAGGUGCGUUCUCGAUAGCUUUGUUCGCUUUACCAAAGCUAGUUACAGAGAAACAGACGAAGAAAGGCUGGAACGACAAGCAAAGGCUCGAUUUCAAGCUCGAAUGAGCAAGAGGAAGCAUAUGGUGGAAGACCUCUUUGAUUUUUGGGAUGUUGACAAUUCGGGAAGCAUAAAUUUCCAAGAUGUCAUCGACGUUUUAUCAAAGUGGAAAGAUAUCUCAUCCAGGCCGGCGUUUCAAAACUUUAUGAUAGAAAACUACACGGAUACAGAUGAGUUAGAUUGCACAGAACUUCAUGAGUUUAUUGACUCUGUUUGUACUGCUUGCUUUCCUAACGAAGAUCCAUUUGAUGCUAUUGCAAUUUUUCUUCAAACAAGCAUUGAGCGAAGGCUUGCAGAGAAGAAACGAGCGGAAGGCAGAAUGACUUGGUUGAACAACAUCGAUAUGGCAUCAAAAACAAGUGCCGGGAUAAUAGAUCCGGCAUACGUAGCUACGUUUCAUGCUCUUAUGAACGAUGCCAAAUUGCACGGUCGAGGAAAGAUUAUUAGUGCAUCAAUUGCGUUCCUCGAGAAAAAUCUUGAUCCUGAGAAACGAAACAGUGGUGAGACGUUUCUGCGAUAUGUGGCAGCAACGCUCAACCAUGCCAGAUACGUGUUGAAGAAAUGUCUUUAUCGUGAUAUGAAUUGUAUAAGCUUCGCCGCUGUAGACUCUGGAAAACCUAUUCAUGUUUCAAAAUUGCAGAACCAUAUUGGAGUGCACUUAUGGAAUCCUGACCGCAAGGAACUGGGAGUUCAGGGCUCUCUGAUCAUCCUUCCAAUCAAAGAUCGCGAGAAGAGAGUGACAGGCGUUCUCUCGGUGGACACUAUCAACGAUUCCACAGAUAAAUCGUCCUUCAUCAGUCACGAAAUAAGCUUCUAUCAGAGUGUUGCAAAAUCUUUAAGUCUGGCAAUACAGUUUGUUGAAGUUCGCAGUAAGACUAUAAAAAUUGCCGACUCGGCUCUACAAUGGAUUCAUCGUCGUGUAUUCGGUGUUCAAAACAGCAAUUUUUACAUUGUUGAGCCUGGUAUAGGAGGUACCUCCGAGGAACAGGUACUUAGGCUAAUGUUCACUAUAAACAGCGAUAGAAAGCGAAAAUAUUACAAUGAUCCUGCGAGACUGUAUCGCAAGGAUAACCUUUUCAGAGAGUAUUUGUUUAAGUGUAUCGAAAGCUCAAAAACUGUGACAGCAGAUGCUUACGGCGAACGCCAUCUUGCUUUCCCUAUUCUUGAUCCUGAUGGUGUUGCCAUAGCAGUAGUGGACAUUAGUAUUGGCGAGGCAAAAGUGUUGCCAUCUCAUGAGAUGGAGGAAGUACAGAAGAUGCUUCGGCUUCUAGCCGUAGCCCAUCGUGAAGUGACGGAUGAGGCUGCUGGUAGACAGAAGAACAUCGUUCUUGAGGUUGAGAAACAGAACGAAGAUCUAAGAAUCGAGAUUAUGUUCGAUCGUCUGAUGUUGACUGAUUUACGAGAAAACGUCUCAAGACUUGACAGCAGGGCGUAUGCAGAGUUAAAGAGCUACAAAGAUCCUCCUAAAUUGGUCCACGAUAUCUUAAAGACCGUCCUCGGAAUAUUUUCGAUUGAGGAAGAAGAAAAACUCGAUAACUGGCCGACUUGUAAACAGUUUAUAAACAAUGAUUUAAUCAAGAUGAUAACACAGUAUGAUCCAACGGCUACAUCCACCUUGGGAGUCAUUGAUGGCAAGAAGCUAUCAGAUCAGCUUGAAGGAAUAUCUCCAGGCUCAGUCAGCAAACAAGGUUCGUUGCCUGCUCAGUAUUUGUUCAACUGGGCGUUCGUUUGUCUAUCGUUAAUCGAGCACACAGCGAAAAUGAAGCUGGUUGGUAAUGUUCAACAUCCGUCAAAAGGAGGUAACAUAACGCCUAGCGAGAGCUCUGCAAUGAGCUCAAUGGGUAUGACAUAGGUUUCACUUAUAAAACGUUUCUGAUGACUUCACUGUUAUUUCGGAUAGCCGAUUGAUUGCAACAUAUUUCUGUACAUAAUUUAUUACAUCAAAUUUUUUACAUAUAUUUUAUAAAUCAAAAUAUACCUUUGAGUAAUUUCAUUAA